AUGUCAACAACAAGCGAGAGUAAUGGGUAUUUGGAAGGUGAUGAAGUGGAUGAAGAUUCUAUUCUACUAUCUCUUUGUCUUCCAGGCCAACCACAACACCACGACGUCGUAUCCAAAUCCAACUAUCACCACUCGAAUAUCUCAUCACCCAACCACUACUCUUCUCACAGAAACCCUGAUAAAGAUCUUAAUCUUAAUCUUAAUCUUAAUGCGAGUAUUGAUAGUGGUGAGGAUGGUGUUACAGUAGCUCUUCAUAUAGGUCAACCACCAACUGCAGAUGGAGGAGGAACCAGCAGCUUCUCUCCUAACCCUAACCCUAACAUAAGCAUAGCACCUGAGCAUUUACAAUAUUGGAUCCCAACACCAGCACAAAUCAUGGUCGGCCCUACACAGUUCUCUUGCACAGUCUGCAACAAAACAUUCAACCGCUACAAUAACAUGCAGAUGCAUAUGUGGGGGCAUGGAUCACAGUACAGAAAAGGUCCAGAAUCCUUAAGAGGCACAAAGCCGGCAUCAUCAAUGCUGAGAUUACCUUGUUAUUGUUGUGCGGAGGGUUGCAAGAACAACAUCGAGCACCCAAGGUCGAAGCCACUUAAAGACUUCAGGACGCUUCAAACACAUUACAAAAGGAAGCAUGGUGAGAAGCCCUUCGGGUGCCGAAAAUGCAGGAAGCCCUUUGCUGUAAGAGGCGAUUGGAGGACUCACGAGAAGAAUUGUGGGAAGUUAUGGUAUUGUGUUUGUGGCUCAGAUUUUAAGCACAAAAGAUCUCUCAAAGACCAUGUUCAUGCCUUUGGAAAUGGUCAUGCACCUCACUACACUUCUGAAGAUCUAAUUGAGGUAGAUGAAAAUGAAAAUGUAGGUGAAGAGCAAGAAGACAAGAGAAUUGGAGGUAGCUUUCCAAAAUUUUCAUGA